ACGUGCCGCAGAGAAGUCUGGGAAACGCACGUUUACGUCCUUAUAAAUCCGCGCCGAGCGCUGCGCACGCUCUCUUUUGCAUUACUGAAGCCUGGGAGUCAGGCUGCGUUGACCCAAGAUGCCCGUUGCCAGGAGCUGGGUUUGUCGUAAGACCUAUGUGACCCCCCGCCGCCCCUUCGAGAAGUCCCGUCUCGACCAGGAGCUCAAGCUCAUCGGGGAGUACGGCCUGAGGAACAAGCGCGAGGUGUGGAGAGUGAAGUUCACCCUCGCCAAGAUCCGCAAGGCCGCCCGAGAGCUGCUCACGCUCGACGAGAAGGACCCCAAGCGGCUGUUCGAAGGUAUGCCUAAGGUCCGGAAGCAGGUGGUCAACAUCCCCUCCUUCGUGGUGCGCCUGGACAGCCAGAAGCACAUCGACUUCUCCCUGCGCUCGCCGUACGGGGGCGGGCGGCCCGGCCGGGUCAAGAGGAAGAACGCCAAGAAGGGUCAGGGCGGGGCCGGCGGCGCCGACGAGGAGGAGGAGGAUUGAGCUGGGCGCUGGGCCGGCGGGGUGGUGCCUGCGUCGUCCCCCUCGUCCCCCAAUGCUGUUGAAUAAAGAGAAAUUGGUUUUCCA